CAUCGGUGGGCGGGACUACUCCUUCAACAGUGACGGCUACCUGUCCAAUCCGCUGCUGGAUGUCAUCUCCUACACCAACGGGAGGGGCUGGGAGGAGGUCGGCUGGUGGGAGAACGGUCACCUGCGUCUGCGUUACCAUCCCUGGUCUCGAUACGGCUCCUUCCUGAAGCCUCUGGACGACGCCCAGCAUCUACGGGUGGUCACUUUGGAGGAGCGACCUUUUGUCAUCGUAGAACCGGCUGACCCAGGAACCAGCUCCUGCAUCCGGGACUCUGUACCUUGUCGAAUGCCUGUCAACUCCAGCGUGGUGGUGGAGGGCACGAGCGUGCCCAUGAAGCACUGCUGCAAAGGUUUCUGCAUCGACGUCCUCAAGAGACUCGCCAAGAUUGUGGGUUUCACCUACGACCUGUACCUGGUGACCAACGGGAGGCACGGGAAGAACAUCGAUGGGGAGUGGAACGGCAUGGUCGGAGAGGUGGUGUCCAACAGAGCUGACAUGGCCAUCGGUUCUCUCACCAUAAACGAGGAGAGGUCAGAGGUCGUGGAGUUCUCCGUUCCUUUCGUGGAGACCGGCAUCAGCGUCAUGGUUUCUCGGAGCAACGGCACCGUAUCGCCUUCCGCCUUUCUUGAGCCCUACAGCCCGGCCGUGUGGGUGAUGAUGUUUGUGAUGUGCCUGUCGGUGGUGGCUGUCACCGUCUUCAUCUUUGAGUUCUUCAGCCCCGUCGGAUACAACCGCAGCCUGCAGAGCGCCAAAAAGUCAGGUGGAUCCAAGUUCACCAUAGGGAAGUCCGUGUGGCUGUUGUGGGCGCUGGUCUUCAACAACUCUGUGCCUGUGGAGAAUCCCAGAGGGACAACCAGCAAGAUCAUGGUGCUGGUGUGGGCCUUCUUCGCUGUCAUCUUCCUGGCCUCCUACACUGCCAACCUGGCUGCCUUCAUGAUCCAGGAAGAGUACAUCGACACGGUGUCAGGGCUGUCCGAUAAGAAGUUCCAGCAACCGACGGAGCAGUACCCGCCGCUGCGAUUCGGCACGGUGCCGAACGGAAGCACCGAGGAGAACAUCCGCUCCAACUAUCCCAACAUGCACCAGUACAUGAUCCGCAACAACCAGAAGGGCGUGGAGGAGGCCAUCGAGAACCUCAAGACUGGGAAACUGGAUGCCUUCAUUUACGACGCUGCCGUGCUGAACUAUAUGGCCAGAAAGGAUGAAGGCUGCAAGGUGAUGACUAUCGGCUCGGGGAAGGUGUUUGCCACAACGGGUUAUGGCAUCGCGCUGAACAAGAACUCCCGUUGGAAACGUCCACUUGACCUGGCUCUGCUGCAGCUGGUCGGAGACGAUGAGAUCGACAUGUUGGAGCGUCUCUGGCUGUCGGGUAUUUGCCACAAUGACAAGAUUGAGGUGAUGAGCAGUAAGCUGGACAUAGACAACAUGGCAGGAGUUUUCUACAUGCUGCUGGUGGCCAUGGGCCUGAGCCUCCUGGUCUUUGCCUGGGAGCAUCUGGUUUAUUGGAAGCUGAGACACUGCGUGAAGCGAUCGGGUGGGAUGGACUUUCUCCUGGCUCUUAGUAGGGGAAUGUACAGUUGCUGUCAGUUCGAGGAUGAGACAACACCAGGAGGUAGCUCUCUGCCCCAGUACCACACCAUGACCGCAAUGCCUGCAGGACCCCAACAACACCUUGUCACGGCCACAAUAAAUAACACGGCUGCCAUUGCCAUGGUGCAGCAGCAGCAGCAACAACAGAAGCACCACCAACAGCAGCAGCAAGGUCAGACCUACACAACCAUGCUGCCUGGAACACCCCCAGCCACAGGACACUCGGCAAUGGCUCUGGGACCCUCUAACAGCCCCUUGCUGGAAGGCCCCAUGCCUUGCUCCACCUUCUUGCCUCGGCAUGACCGCAGACUUGCUGUGGUAGACCGCUGGAACAGACCAAAGCCAGAGAAAGUCUUGAGCCAAGGCAGCGGUGGAGGAGUGGGUGUUGGGGGGAUAGCAGGAGGGAUCUCUGAACUUCAGGCCCAGCAGCAGUUCCAGCAAAACCUUGGACCGCAUUGGAGCCUGCAAGGAGGAGUUGCAAGUGGAGCAGGCGGGGGAGGUGACACAGGGCUAGAUGAAUAUAAGCGCUAUUACGGUCCUAUAGAUCCAGAGGGGCUAGGAGCUACCUCUGAACAACACGCAGGGGGCACCCAGCAGACUCCCAAAGCUAAUCCUCGAGGCCCCAAAGCCUCAGGGAUGCCACGCCUGCCUCCCAAAGGCCCACAGCAAGUCCCAGUAAGCCUAAUCCCUAAGCCACCUCCGCCACUCCCAUCUUCCCCACGAAGGCCACCCUUCUGGAGACGAGGGAGUCUCGCUCAGGCAAGGAGGAAAGGAUCUGGAGGUCCGUUGUAUGAGAAUAUACUGCCCCUUGGGCGGCGAGGUGGAGGGAGGUAUGGAGCGGGUGAGGGAGGUGGAAGGAGAGGGCGACGUCCUCCUCCACCUCCUCCUCUGCCUGUCCCCCUUUCCUCGCCAACACACACUCCUACCACACCGUCCUCCCCAUGUCGUUUCUACUCUACCUGCUCUAGUGCCUCGUCCUCCUCCUCCUCAUCCACAUCCUCAUCAUCCUCUUCAUCAUCCUCUGUCUCGCUGUCUCGGUCAAAUUCCCCCUCCUCGUGCUCCAGCGACAGCUCUUACAACUCUUCGCUAAGUUUCCGGUAUAGAGCAGGGGACCGGGAGAUUACGCUGGAUGAAGAAUAUGACUCAGAUCUGCUGACGGAGGAGUCAAGCCUCCUUUUGGGCUCGAGGAGGAAGAUCCGUUCUCGUCGCAUGUCAUCACGCUCACUGCCUUGCAGCCCACCACCUCCACCGAUCCCACCCAGGAAGCCGCGUCCUCUUAGGGAUUACGGCAGAGAGAGGACAGGCAGCCAGCUCGCCCAAUUACAAGAGUGGUGGGCAUCGUGGGGAGACAGAGAGCGAGGGAGGGGAGGAACGACGAGCCGGGCAGAAGGAGCAGUGGGUAGAGAGGAGAAGAGGCACAACAAAGAGAGGGAGCGUGAGAGGAAGAGGAGGAAGAAAGGGCGAAAGAAGAAGAAGAGAGAGGAGAGGGAGCGAGAACGGGAGCGAAAGCGACGCAAAGCGAAGAAGAAGAGGAAGAAAGAUGAUAAGACAACAAGGAAGAGAGAGCGGAAGAGGUCGGAGCAGGAAGGAGGAGAUGUUGAGAAAAGAGAGGAACUCAAAUCAGGGACCCCAGACUACCCAUCGUACCCACCCCUGAGACGAGAGUCUUUUAGAAAAAAGAGUGAGAGCUCAAUCAGAAGCUAUGGAUGGAACAUCCCGGGCGAGGAAGAGAGGAAGGACAGAGAGGAGAAAGAAAGGGACGAUGGGGAAGAUAGCAGGGGGAAAGAAAGACAACCCAGGCGAAGGAACAGCAAGCAUUAUCCUGGCUCUAGCAGUAAGCCUUCGACAUCUGUCAAGUUCUGGGGAGGGGGCAACCCGUCCUCCGACACUAUUCCAUCUGCCUUUCUGCCCUUGUUGCCUGUUUCCUCCAAAAGGAGGAAAAGUAAAAGCUCCGACAGGGAUGCUGUAGGAAUGGAGGGAGAGAGGAGGCCAUUGUUGGGCCGGACUGGGAGAGGUGAAAUGCCCUCCAAGGAGGAGAUGUCCUUCCACGAGUGGGAGUCUGAAGUAGAGGCUGAGGAAGAAGAUUCAGAGCUGGAGAGGAGGAAAGCAGAGCGUGGGAAAAGGCGAGGAGGAGGAAGGACAAUGUCGGAUGAAGAGCGGGAGCGUGACAAAGUGAUCGGGAUAUAUUCAGAUGAUGACGCUUCCUCUGGAGAGUUUGGGAAGUUUGAGCGGUACUGGGAGGACCAUGAAGGAAGGGCAGUCGGAGGGAUUGGAGGGGGAGGAUGGUUUUUUAGUACCUACCCCUCAAGGGACAAAGCAGGCAGCAUCAACAGCAGAGAUGACUUGUUCCUUGAGCGUGGAGAGAGGUGGGGAACAGCCGAAAGUGGAUGGGGGUCUAGUGGAGGUGGUGGUGGAGCAGGAGGAGAUAGAGGGUGGGGAUCAGGGUCACACUGGCCUCCCCCUCCUCUCACACCACCACCCCCCAGAAGGUACUGGUCAGUGGACAAACUUCACAUACAGGAUGAGAAGAAGAGUAAACGCAAGUCAAAGGACAAGGGAAGAGGGCACGCGGCUUGUUCCUCGUGCCAUUCCCCCCGACGCCGUCCGCGCUCCCGUUCCUCCAAAUGGGCACGCGUAACCUCACGAAGCCAGGAGGAGCUGUACCAGCACUGCCAAAGUUUUGGUGGUCCUCUGAAGCCCAAACAUGACUCCUCAUCCUCCUCCAAACCUGAUCGCUCACAAAAUCCAUCCAAAUCUGGCAGCCAGUCAAACCUCAGCAUGGUGCAGCGGACACAGAGAGCAGAUAGGGACCGAGAUCGAGGACGGCAAACAUCCCCACCUCCGAGUCUCCUCCCUAACCUGCCACCCCCACUCCCUGCCCUUCCUGCUCCUCCGUCCUCAUCUCAUCCUAUCCACGUUCCUCCCCCUGCCUCUUCCUCUUCAGUCUCCUCUCCUUCUGUGGUCUCAUCCACCCCGGGGGCACCUCAGCCCUCAUCCAUGGCUUCGGCAAGUGCUAAACUACAGUAUCAGAGAUUGCGCUCUGUACCUCAGCCCCAGAGGUUUCCUCAGUCUCCCCAUUUACCACUCAAAGCCAAGAGCCUUUGCUCACGAAGGGGCUCAGCCCAUUUCUCCAGUGUGGAGAGUGAGGUCUGA